CAUGGGUUGGUCGUGUUCUGUGGGUUGGUCGGUGUUGUCAAUUUGUGUGAGGAUAAAGCAGUUGUUAGAGUUCCAACAAACAAAGCGUUGGACGUGUUAAAAUGAAUGAACAGCGUGGUUCCGGUGGACGAGAAGUGCGUCUCCUGCAAGACAUAUGCCUGGAUGCUAUUACUGACUUCACAGAUGUGAAAUGGUUCCGGGAUUUCGUGCUGCCACGUUGCCUCGCCGAUCACUACUACACACGACUGCAAAGACGACGGUCUUUUAAGGAUCAUCUCGUACCUGUGGUGCUACACGCCAAGUCCAUCGAAGCAGAUUUGGCCGAGAGUCCUGUCACGGCAGCCGCCCUUGUUCACGUCAGGAAAUGCACGCAGCUGGAGAAGCUCACCUUUUCCUCGGUGCCUUGGAAUGACUUGCUCUGCGAAACUACUCUCCUGGAAACAGUCACGUGCUUCCACAACCUGAGGUGGCUCGAGCUGAUUGGUGUCAGCGCAGUCACUGACGCAGUGGUUGCAGCCAUUGCUGGACAGAACAAGCUCCUCACGACCCUCAGUCUGAGUGGUUGUGUGAACGUUAGUGACGAUGCCCUUAAAGUGUUGGGACAGAACUGCCACUUCUUGAAAAGCCUCGACUUCUCAUCGACCCAGAUAACCAGUCGUGGUUUGGUCAUCUUAGCCAACAGUCCCUGCAAAGUCACCAUAGAGGAGUUUCGGGCCGACCGAUGCAGUAAACUUGAAGCAGACGGGAUUCGGAUCAUUAUCGCCAACUUUCCGUCACUGCGAAUACUGAGAAUAUACGACUGCGACCAUCUUCGUUUUGGUAUUAUGAUGGCACUUCCAGAUGCUAACGUUUCUUGGAGACCGGCUAUAAUGGAACUUACAGAUCCUGAAGGUACAACAUCAAGGGGGCCAAGUUAAGCAAAAACUGCCAAUGACAGAGAUAUGGCAGCCUUUGGAGUUCAUAUUUCUGACAUAAGAAGUCAUUUUUGUUACCACUGUCCCAGAUUGGCAGUGCUCACGAGCCUGUGGGAAAACUUCUUUCACCAAAGUGCCACGGGAGCGCUCUCUGGAAGGCAAACAGAAGACAGCUGCCUCACCGUGCUUAUACCAACAAGUUUUCUUAUGCCUCAUAAUUUUCAGCAUUGCCUUUCUCAUAGCCCCAUUGGUCAAUGUGCUGCAGUUUACCAUGUGUUUUCCAAAAGCUUUCAUCUCUGUUGCUUUUUAUAAUCUGACAUAAAACAGUCACUCCUUGGUUUUAUUUCACGACAGCUUCUAUAGAAGUUUUGGCAUUUAUGUAAUUCAUUUUUACAGUGCUUGGAUGCUUAAUUCAGCACUUUUUGUAUAAGUUAUUGCUCUCAGAAUAAAGUUCCUAUUAAGACUA